CACCUCUCUCUUUCUCUCUCUCUGUCCCCCUGUCUCUCUGGGUGAAUGAGGGAGGAAUGAGUGAUGUGCCAAGCUGUCAGUCAUGUGGGACGCUUCGUUGACGGGUCCAGGAGACGACACCUAACGAGUUUCUUUUUCUGCUGAGAGAUCCCCCCCCUCUUUUCUGUUGGCUUGUUAAUUAUUCAUCCGUCACUCCAUCAUCUUUAUGUAACGCCGUCCUCCUGAAGAGAGAGAGACAGGGAGAGUGAGUGAGACAGGGAGGGAUGUUUGUGUCCGUGUGGUACGCUAAGAAGAUGGGAAGACGAUUCAUCAACAACGUGAGGCGAGCAAAGAGACACAGGCAGAGGAUGAUGCAACGCGACUGUUAGCUUCAGAUGAACGGAUCAGAAGGAGAACUGGAGUAUGAAGAGAUCACUCUGGAGAGGGGUAACUCCGGUCUGGGCUUCAGCAUCGCAGGAGGAACUGAUAAUCCUCACAUCGGAGACGACCCAUCCAUCUUCAUCACUAAGAUCAUCCCGGGAGGAGCAGCUGCUCAGGAUGGACGCCUGAGGGUGAACGACAGCAUUGUGUUCGUUAACGAUGUGGACGUGCGUGAGGUCACUCACUCCAUUGCCGUUGAGGCGCUGAAGGAGGCGGGACCUGUCGUCAGACUGUACGUCCUGCGGCGACGCCCACCCAGCGAACGUGUCACACAGAUCAAACUGAUGAAAGGGCCCAAAGGUCUGGGCUUCAGUAUUGCGGGUGGAGCAGGAAACCAACACGUUCCUGGAGACAACAGCAUCUACGUCACCAAGAUCAUUGAGGGCGGAGCGGCGCACCGCGACGGACGGCUACAGAUAGGAGACAAGAUACUAGCGGUGAACCACGUCUCCCUGGAGGACGUCCUGCACGAAGAUGCCGUGGUUGCCCUGAAGAACACGGGGGAGGUGGUCUACCUGAAGGUGGCCACGCCCAACUCGCAGUACAUCCACCAGAGCGAUCGAUACAGCCCCCCCGACCUCACCAGCUCCUACAUGGAGCCGGACUACAUGUGCGACUACCCCCAAGUCCUCCCUCCUCCCUCACCAAGGCGAUACUCACCCAUACCCAGAGGCAUGAUGGGAGACGAUGACUAUUCUCGGGAGCCCCGCCGGGUCUGCGUCCAACGGGGAUCCACAGGUCUGGGGUUCAAUAUCGUGGGGGGGGAGGAUGGAGAGGGGAUCUUCAUCUCCUUCAUCCUGGCAGGAGGACCAGCAGACCUGAGUGGAGAGCUCCGAAAGGGAGACCAGAUCCUCAGUGUAAACGGUGUGGAUCUCAGGUAUGCGACUCAUGAACAAGCUGCAGCAGCUCUGAAGAACGCCGGUCAGACCGUCACCAUCGUAGCCCAGUAUAGACCUGAAGAGUACAGUCGCUUCGAAGCAAAGAUCCACGACCUGAGAGAGCAGAUGAUGAACAGCUCCUCCGGGAGUCUAAGGACCAACCGCAGCUUCUACCUCAGGGCGCUUUUUGACUACGACAAGCAGUGGGACUGCGGCGUUCUGUCCCAGGCUCUGGACUUUAACUUUGGGGAGGUUCUCCACGUGAUGGACAGCAGCGAUGACGAGUGGUGGCAGGCCCGACGGGUGAACCAGCAGGGGGAGCUGGAGGAGCUGGGCUUCAUCCCCUCCAAGCACAGGGUGGAGAGGAAAGAGUGGUCGAGGAUGAAGAGCAACGGAAGAGAAGGCUUCGUUCACAGCUACGAGCUCAUCACUCAGAUCGAAGUGGACUACGCUCGUCCUGUCAUCAUUCUGGGUCCGACCAAAGACCGAGUCAACGACGACCUGCUCUCAGAGUUCCCAGACAAGUUUGGCUCCUGCGUCCCCCACACCACCCGCCCACGGAGGGACUACGAGGCGGAUGGGCGGGACUAUCACUUUGUGUCGUCACGGGAACAGAUGGAGCGGGACAUCCAGUCCCACCGCUUCAUCGAGGCGGGGCAGUACAACAACCACCUGUACGGGACGUCGGUGCAGAGCGUUCGACAGGUGGCCGAGCAGGGGAAACACUGCAUCCUGGACGUGUCGGCCAACGCCGUGAGGAGGCUGCAGGCGGCUCAGCUCCAACCCAUCGCCAUCUUCAUCCGCCCUCGAUCCCUGGAGAACAUUCUGGAUCUAAACAAGCGUCUCUCAGAGGAUCAGGCGAGGAAAGCUCUGGAUCGAGCCAUGAAACUGGAACAAGACUUCCUUGAGUGUUUCUCAGCCAUCGUGCACGGCGACAGCUUCGAGGAGGUGUACCACCUGGUCAAAGCCGUCAUCGAGGAGCAGAGUGGUCCGUACAUCUGGGUUCCUGCUCGGGACAGACUGUGAUUGGACAGCGAUUGGCGCCGUCGAAACAUCCUGCUCAUGCUCCUCCCCUUAACUCCACAUGCUCUUCAUCAUGCUUCUUCUCUUCUUCCUCACGCUCCUCCCCCCGAUGCUCUCGGUGGUGUCCACUGAUGGAGAGCAGGCAUUUGUCUUCUUACAGUUUUCUUUUCUUUCAAUGAGAUGGCGACCAUUGAUUGGAUGGAUGCUGUAGCUUCUUGAAGGAGAGGGCACCUGUCUGUCUCUCCACCUGUCUGCCUCUGUACCUGUCUGUCUGUGUCAGAGGACAAUAUGGAGGGAGACACAUGGUCAAUUACUUGAUUGAUUCUGUAUUAUCAUUCGAUAAUGAAUCGGUUCAGUUGGUAAUGAAGUAUUUAUAAUAUCCUAUUUAUUUAAUGAUUUAUCUAUUUAUUUAUGUGACGUGAAAGUGGCGUGAGCGCGCGCGCGUGUGUGCGUGCGUGCGUGCGUGCGCGUGUGUGUGUGUGUGUGUGCGUGUGUGUGUGUGUGUGUGUGUGCGUGCGUAUGUGUGUGUGUGCGUGCGUAUGUGUGUGUGUGCGUGCGUGUGUGCGUGUGUGUAGUGUACAUAAAGACUUGUGUGACUGUAAAUAAAACUAUGGGGCUCAAACACAGUCUAUUCAGGGCUUAAACUAUCAAGCACUAAACUACGAUACCCAAAAUCCCCCUCGGAACGCACCACUACCCUCCCCCCCUCUGCCUGGACUACAACCCCAAUGGUCUCCUUCUCUUUGGACUACAAACCCCACAAUCCUCUGUUGCAAGAGACAGUUUUUGCCAAGCAGCAACGAAAAGGUGAACCUGAAACUGAACAAACACUUUUUGAGCAGGAGCCUAUGGACUACAUUACCCAGAGUUCCCAGCUCCAGUGAUAAACGGACUACAUUACCCAGACCGAGCUACAGAUCUGUCUACCCACAAUCCCUGGCUACGGACCGGUCCACGUGAUCCCUUGACCAGAAAGCUCAAAAUAUCUUCUGAGGGGGCGGCUAACUAUAUCAUUACAUCAUUACAUCAUCUUAUCAUUACAUCAUCAUAUCAUUUGUCAGACACACAGGGUUUAGGAGGGGGGGCUGAGUACUGGCAGAAACACUUUUAGACUUGUAUCGGGGUAUUUAUUAGCCUGUGACACACACACAGCGGGCUGUCCGAUAUGUUGUAAAAUUAGUUCUAAAUGAAAUUAAAAUAUUGAAAUAAAUUCCGUAUAAAACCUG